GUCUGUUGGCCGAAGACCUUACCUCUGGUGAUGCACCUGCAACGGUUAUCAUCCUCAAGGCCCAGCAAUUGGCAGCUGAAUACUGGUAGCCACCAUCUGGGCUCUCCUGCUGGUCAUUGGUUUGCCCCUUCAGGUGACGAACACGCCCUGGAACGAGCGCUUGACGUUUGUGUUCCGACCCGCGGGUCAGUCGGUGCGCAAGGCGCUGCACGUCUCGCCCCUCAUGGACAUGCAGAACACAUGGCACCUCGAGGCUCCCGAGCCCUCCGACCGGCUUCACCUGGUAGUCCGCGCCUCGCACCCAACGCACGGGGACUACUUCUACGCGGGUCUCACAGCCCGCCGCUGCGGCGCCGCUGUCCACAGCGGGGCUGCGACCACCCGCCCCUCCCCCCAGCACCCGCAGCAGCAGCUGUCUGCCGGGCUGCAUGCGUGUGUGAAUGAGGAGGCGGGGCUGGGCAGCCUGCUGCGGUACGGCUUCAUGCCGCACCGGGUGGCGCUGCUGAUCUACUGGCAGGUGGGUGGGCAGACUGGUGAACCGGGCGGGUAGACCCGCCGGUACUUGGGAGUGUUAAUAAUCACAGUAGGAACGUACUGUGAUUGCCGGAAGAUGAAGGCCCCACAGAAACGCCACAGGAGCCGAGGAGUAUGGUGGCGUAUGUAGAACUAUAAAUCCGGUACUGGUGCUGGUAAUAAGUAGGACGCAAGGGUGUGUGUACCGCACCUAUACUUCUGACGUCCUUUUGGAGCGUCCUCCUGCACGCAUGCAGCAGGGCUAACACCGAACGAAAGCUUUGCAGACACGCAAUGAGCGUCUGGUGAAGGUUACCGGGGAGGGAGCCUGAAGCUAUCAAGCUGCUGUUCAAGGGGGUGCCCUUCUACCCUCCCCCCGACAAGGCCUACCAGCGGCAGCUGGUGACGGAGGAGGGGGACCCCCCCGCCGACACCCAGCCCGCCGAUUGCACGACACAGCCGGACGCGCAAGGCAGCGACAGCAGCGGCAAGGGCUGCUGCGUCGGCAGCGGCUGUGGUGGCGGGGGCUCCGGUCUGUGUCCCAUGGUAGUGGGGCUGCAGGCCUCGUCCGCCGCUUGCUCGGGUCGGGGGGCUGCUUGCAUGGGGGCGGGAGCGGCGGCAGGGGCGGGCGGCGCCUCGCAGCACUCGCACCCUCGCAACGGGGUGGAUGGGAGGCACUUCAUGUGGCGAGCUGCGCCCAACUGGCCCUGGCGGGAGGGGUGAUGCAGGGGAGCCGAGAUGGAACAAUGACCAGAGGGAGGUGGGGGGGGGGGGUGCGGGCCGCUCUUUGAAGAACGGGGUCAGCAAGGAGUGGCCCGCCACUUGGACGGAAGAGUAGCGAGCGAGCGCUUCUUGUGUACAGUGGGCAAGCGGCAUGUGUGACCAAUCCGCAUGGGGCCGCAUAUGUGCUGCGAUGCCGACUCACACACCUACAACCUGUAAGGUUUGUGGUUCGCCUUUUAAGAGCUACGUGGCGCAAUUGUCCAGUGCUGCUGUAUCGAGCGCACCGCUGCAGGAUCCCGUUGGUUAGUGCGGUACGGCAGGUCACAAGAGGGUUCAUUGGGGGGCAUGUGUGGGGGUAUGUAUGUCCAAGUCCAAUCCAGCAACUCACGGUGCGCCCCUGCGGCGGUCACAUACUUGACAUUCAGGAGUUGUGGACAAAGUCAGGCCCUUGACGGUGGGGCACUGAGUUUGCAACACAACUACCGUGGUCACGGCAACGACAGGCUUGCCGUCAAGUCCUCGAGGUAUUGCCAAUGAUGUACAACUUUGUUGUACUUCCGUGCCCUGCUGUAAAAGGCACGCAUCAGGAUCCCUUGCAACCCGUCCGACAAAAACAAGGCAACACUCAGGAGAGGUACACUGAGGGCAAUCCUUCCCAGUGGCAAGCUGGCUGCUGGGCUCGCCCCACCACAACAGCGGGGAGGUUACGGCACCUGCUUCCUUG